GUUGAUCUGAUGAGCUUCAACACGACAUAUUUUAUGCUGAUGUUGGUCAGAAUGGCUCCUCGUCUUCCUCUGAUCUUUCUGCUCAUGAUUCACGGGGUUUCUAGUGCUGAUUGGGGUGUGAGUUACAGUCCUUCACACAUCUGUGCACUAAAGGACUCAUCAGUGAUAAUGAGCUGCACUUAUACAUACCCUUCUGUAUAUCAGAUCAUGAACGUGUUCUGGACCAAAGGCCCUAUACAACAGGGUGUAGAGCUUAAAGAUCUGUCUAAGGACCCUGAAUACAGUCAGAGGCUUCAGUAUCUGGAAGAUAAACAGCAGAACUGCACCAUCAGACUGAGUCAUGUGACACUGAAGGAUUCACACAUGUACUAUUUCAGAUUCAUCACUGAUAAAGAUGAUGGAAGAUAUACUGGUAAACCAGGAGUGACUCUUACUGUCACAGAUCUUCAGGUGGAGUCUCUUGAGAGAGUGACAGAGGGAGAUUCAGUCCGUCUGACAUGUAAAAGCAGCUGCACUCUGACUGACAGAGCAACAUUCAUCUGGUACAGAAACUCACAGUCAUUAACUGAGAGAAGAGACAGAAACAAUGAACUCCUGCUGCAGUCAGUCAGAAGAGAGGAUGCAGGCAGAUAUAGCUGUGCUGUACACGGACACAAUCACACCUCUCCUGCUGUUGAGCUCAAUGUCAUGUACCCUCCAAAGAGCGUCUCAGCGUCCAUCAGUCCAUCUGGUGAAAUAGUGUCAGGAGAUUCAGUGACUCUGAUCUGCAGCAGUGAUUCAAACCCUCCUGCUCUGAACUUCAGCUGGUUUAAAGGAGGAACGUUUGUAGGAUCUGGAAGAAUCUACAACAUCUCAAAGAUCAGCUCUGAUGACAGUGGAGAAUACAAGUGCAGAUCCAGAAAUAAACAUGGAGAGAAAUACUCUGAUGCUGUGACUUUAAAUGUCAUGUAUCCACCCAGGAACGUCUCAGUGUUGAUAUCUGGAUCUGGUGAAAUAGUGUCAGGAGAUUCAGUGACUCUGAUCUGCAGCAGUGAUUCAAACCCUCCUGCUCUGAACUUCAGCUGGUUUAAAGGAGGAACGUUUGUAGGAUCUGGACGAAUCUACAACAUCUCAAAGAUCAGCUCUGAUGACAGUGGAGAAUACAAGUGCAGAUCCAGAAAUAAACAUGGAGAGAAAUACUCUGAUGCUGUGACUUUAAACGUCAUGUACCCUCCAAAGAGCGUCUCAGUGUCCAUCAGUCCAUCUGGUGAAAUAGUGUCAGGAGAUUCAGUGACUCUGAACUGCAGCAGUGAUUCAAACCCUCCUGCAGAAAUCAGCUGGUUUAAAGGAGGAACGUUUGUAGGAUCUGGAAGAAUCUACAGCAUCUCAAAGAUCAGCUCUGAUGACAGUGGAGAAUACAAGUGCAAGUCCAUCAAUGAACAUGGAGAGAAAUACUCUGAUGCUGUGACUUUAAACAUCAUGUACCCACCCAGGAACGUCUCAGUGUCCAUCAUUCAGUCUGGUCAGAUUUGGGCGGGAGAUUCAGUGACUCUGAUCUGCAGCAGUGAUUCAAACCCUCCUGCUCUGAACUUCAGCUGGUUUAAGGAGAAUGAAAGCUCAGCUGUUGGAUCUGGACAGAGUUUCAGUGCACUACAGAGUGGACGCUUCUACUGUCAGGCUCACAAUCAACAUGGAUCUCAGAGAUCAGAUGCUGUGACUGUCACAGUUCAUCAUGGUGCUGGUAGGAAUGUGAUUGUGAUCGCAGCGACAUCUGGAGGAUUAUUCAUCAUCAUCAUCUUCAUCAUCAUCCUCUUAAUAAUGAGGAAACGAAGGAGUGAUAAAACUGAAGAUCUCACAGUGACACAGAAUGAUCUCUAUUCUGACGCGUCACAGAGAGUUUCAGUCCAUGAUGAGCCUCUUUCUGAUCCGGAUUCAGCCAAUGACGCUCCAUAUGCCAGUGUGAAACCAAAGAGAUUCAGAGGAAAAACUCCUGAAUCCAGAGAUACUGAGGAGAUCCAGUACGCAACUGUCCAACAUCACAGAAAGAAAGAGGCGGAGAGAGAAGAGGAGAGUGAAUGUCAGUAUGAUGAUAUAAGAGUUUAUCAGACUGAUGCUGCCGUGAGGCGAUCAACUGUUGAAACUGUGGAAGACGCAUCAGUGAUCUACAGCAGCGUCAAAUGAGUGACAGACCGUCAUGAAGCCUGUGUUCAGACAUCAAUCUGGACUGCUGGGAAAUGGAGGAUUGAAUAGUUGUGCAAUAAUUUACCCAUCUGUUCGAACCACAACCAAUACAAACAGGUUCAACACAUUAAAGGCCUGUUUACACCUGGUAACUUCAUUCGUUUUCUCUGAUCAGAUAGCUAUCCGAUCGUGAAUAGACCAGGAGUAAAUGCCUCCGAAACGCAUUUGAGACAGAUUUAAAUCCGAAAUCCGAAGUAUAAAUGCAUCUGGUUGUUGAAACCAUAUAUGUAAAUUUUACUCUUCCCAAAAUAGCUAAAAAAAAUAGACGUGUGAGAGUGUGUGAUAGGCUAAAUAUCAUGUCAGAUAUGACAGCGUUACUGCAUCGCCACAGAUGAGCAGCUGAGGAUCUCUUCAGCAGGCCAACACGCAGACUGCCGCAAAUGAAACUGAAAGUUAGUCGCAGACGCUCAACACACAAUCAUCUUCAUUAAAGGUAAUAAAACUAAAUGAUCUUACCAGUGCUGUUGCCGCGCUCUCUGCUAUUGCAGUCUUUGAUUUUGAAACUAGCUGAUAAUAAAAUGCAGCUCACACAUGUUGCUUUCAGUGACGUGAACUCCUUUAAAUUAAAGAUUGGAUUUAUAUCCAUUUUGCGGAGACAUAUUUAUGUGGCCAAGUGUGAAUGGAGUCGUUUUGAUAAAUCAGAUAGCUAUCCGAUCAGAGGAAACGCAUUGUGACCAGGUGUAAACAGGCCUUCGUUAAUCUUCGGAAUGCAAAUUAAGAUAUUUUUUGUUUAAAUCCAAUGGCUCCGCUGAUUCAUUUAUGCUCCGAAGCUUCCUGAAGCAGUGUUUUGAAAUCGGCCAUCACUAUAUAAGUCGUUUUUUUGUUUAUUUGCCACACCAAAAAUAUUCUCGUCACUAAUAUUAAUAUUGAACCACUGUACUCACAUGAACUGAUUUAAAUAUGUUUUUAGUACCUUUAUGGAUCUUGAGAGAGGAAAUGUCAUUGUUGGCUAUGCAGGCCUCACUGAGCCAUCGGACUCAAAAUCGCAAUCUGAAAAAUGUUGUUCACAUCACUCACCUAAGGUUGAGCCAAUAAAUAAUCACUUAUACUAUAAAAAAAAAAAAAAAAAAAAAAAAAACCAAUUUGUAACUUUAUGACAAUAUCACAUUUAUUUUAGUUAGAGUAUGUUUUGACAUGAGCUACCAACAAUAGUCCAGUGAUAUCUGUACUUCUUAUCAGUAUUAAAUGCAUUUCUAUAACUAAUGUGUGCAAAUUAUAUGGAUUGAUGUACGAUAUGAUGUAUGUGCACAUUAAGAACAAAUACUUUCAAUAUCAAAGCAACAUUUUAAUAUGCAACUAAAUGCAUAUUUAUUGAUUUAUGUAAUCAUCCUAAGGUGUGAUAACAUCUUUUUUCUUUAUUAUAUAUGAUCCGCCACCAAACACUCUCACAGAAGUCAAUUGAGUCUGUUGAGUUGCUUUCACACUUGAAUACACCUGUAUCAAUUAAAGGGGUUUUACAUUAAUAUAUAACAUUAUUAUUCAGGUACCUGAUAUUUUACAGCUUGCUCCUACACAUGAAGUCAUUGACAUUACAUUGAAGUAUGAGCUAUUUCUCCAAUUCAGUACAAAAAAAAAUAAAUAAAUAAAAAAAUCCAAAUGAGUGAACACAUACAGUGUGUAGUCUGUUUUGGUUUUGUUUUCUCUGUGUUCUAUUUCCGUUUUGCCUGCCUGAUUUCUUAGGGAACGUUUACACGACAACAAUGUACUAAAAACGGAAAAGUUUUUCCUUUGCUUUUGACAACACUGCCAAAAUGAUCCCAAUCCAGAAGGAUCCACAUGAUUAUAUUACUAAAAAUGCUGUAUUCUGAUGCCAGGCCAGUA